AUGAACCAAUACGGUACCAAGGAGACAAUAUAUAGCGGACCUAAUGCAAUCGUGUAUAAAGCAAUUGACCGUGAAAGCCAAAAUAUAGUGGCAUUGAAGGUAGUGGAUGUUGAUUUAUGUAUGAAACCCCACGACAUAAGGCGGGAGAUCACCACAUUACAAAGAAUACAUAAUAAAGGAGUACUACAAUUCAUAAACCUGUAUACACAUGGCGAUGAUAUAGUAUUGGUAACACCAUGUUAUCUGUUCGAUCUAGAUCAAUGGAUCAAAAUGUGUACCAAGAAGCGGGUCAAGUUCAACCUCGAUGAUCCUACCAAUAAUAUUAUCCACUAUCGCAACGAAUUUCCAACAAGCAAAGUAGAGAACAUCAUUUCCACAUUAGCCAGUACCCUUAGGUACCUCCAUGAUGAUGAAGGUAUAAUACACCGCGAUAUUAAGCCAUCAAACGUGUAUUUCGAGUCCGAAGACUCGCCUCCGGUUCUUGGGGAUUUCGGGAUUAUAUACAAUACGAGAGACCCCCCCUCUGAUGAACCUAUGGACUCCAAGUACACAGAUGUAUCCACCGGCAUAUUCAAGGCGCCUGAAUUGUGUUUUGGCAUGGCGGACUACACGCAAGCCAUCGAUAUCUGGUCGUUGGGUAUUAUGCUCACAUUGUUGUAUUCAGCAACCGGAAAAUCGUGUAUAGAUGAGGAAGGAAACUUCCACGACUUGACGCUUAUCAGUUCCAUAUUUCUGAACUUUGGUACUCCCCUGACGAGUGAUGCUUCUGAUAAGCGACUCUAUUGGCCCGAUGCUAAUCGACCACUGAGCCAUUUUAACAGUUUCAAAUUCACAGAAAAGCCCCGGGUACCAAGUGAUAAGCUAUUACCGCGAUGUGAUAACCCUAACAUGCUACGUAUCUUUGACAGGAUGAUGGUUUAUCAGGGUAAUGAAAGAAUUACUGCUAAAGAAAUCCUCACGUGUAUAGAAUGA